AUGCCCCUCAGCAACGCAACACAAGUGACCAUGUUUGAGUUGACUGGGCUAACAGAUAAUAAGAGACUUGUCCCGUUCCUAUUCAUAUUGUUCCUGAUGAUAUACAUGGUGACUCUAAUGGGCAAUGUUGGGAUGAUAGGUCUUGUCCGUGCCUUCUCCAGUCUUCACACCCCGAUGUACUACUUUCUGAGUUACCUCUCCUUGGUGGACCUCGUCUACUCCUCCACUAUAACACCUAAAAUGUUGGCUGACCUCAUUUCGGUCAGGAAGUCGAUCUCAUUUAUUGGUUGUGUCCUCCAGAUUUAUUUCUAUGCUGCCCUGGCAAGUAUUGAAGUUCUGCUUCUCUCAAGCAUGUCGUAUGACCGAUACGCAGCCAUCUGUCACCCUCUUCACUAUGUCUCAGUAAUGACAAAGGAUAAAUGUUCUUCUUUGGUCCUCUUGUCUUUCUCCGUUGGCUUAAUGCAGUCAUUAGCACAGACCAGCUGUGUGUUUAGCCUUCAGUACUGUAGGUCUAAUCUCAUCGACCAUUUCUACUGUGAGAUCCCUCCAUUGUUGAAACUGUCCUGCUCUGACACUUUCUUUUGUGAGGUUUUAACACUGUUUUUUGUAAGUACUUUAGGACUAUUUUCCUUGAUAACAGUUCUGAUCUCCUACAUUCUCAUUGUUUCAUCUAUAUUACAAAUGAAGUCUGCAGAUGGACGGCAGAAAGCCUUUAGCACAUGCUCAUCCCACCUCAUGUGUGUCUCCAUCUUCUUUGUUACAGUCUUCUUCGUUUACUUACGGCCAGACACUCGGGUUCUUGAGAAGCAAGACAAGGUGGCGUCUGUAUUUUAUUCAGUAGUCACCCCAAUGCUGAAUCCUCUAAUCUACAGCUUGAGGAACCAGGAUGUCAAGAGGGUCAUAAUAAAAGCAAUCCAAGGAUGUUGCUAA